CAGAGGACGACCGGAUCGGACUGCAGAUACACAAAGCAGCAGCAGCAGCAGCACCGACCAGGAGCCGUUGCCAGCAGACCAGAGCAGCAGGCGCAAGAAAGAUACGGUAGAAAACAAGGGCCGGCACACAAAACACACAACACACACACAACACACAACACAACACAACAACACAACAACAAAACAGCACUCCUGCACACGCACGCACCGCUCUGCACUCGCCUCCGCCAGCAUGGACACCCAGCAGAUUGCACGGCUCUCCCGGAGAGACCUCCAGUCGCUGCACACGAGUCUGGACAACCUAUCCGACUUCAACAUCGAGUCGUACGGGCGGGACUCGUUCUCGAGCCCCAGUCUCGGUCGAAGCGCCAGCCAGGACGGCGGCGACGAGGACGACGAGCUGGACGACUUUGCCCUGCACAACUUGAAGGACCUGCGGCUCGCCCCGCACGGGUUCAGCAGGCCGUCCGUGAGGGACCCGGACACGCAGUCCAACUCGUCCUCGUCGGCCGCCUCGACCGUCAUACACAACCCGAACUCGACCCCGCCUGCCGGGGCCGACGACCUCGUGAACAGCGUGUCGCUGCGCACGUUAGAGUCGGACCCCGAGCUCCAGAACAAGCUCCAUCGAACACUACGGCUCUCAAACACCAACAACAACAACAACAACAACAAGAGCCUCGAACCAGGGUUUUACCACACGGGCGCGCAGGACGCCUGUCGUGGUGACGAACAGGCCAGCAUGGACGAAAUAGACUACUACCAGAACGAACACGACGGCGACAACGGCAACGAAGACGACGACGACGAAGAAGUCGACGACGAUAUCGGGAGCUCGAACUCCCUAGACUCCAUGGAGGACAUCACAAACGACAAGUUGACAGACUACAUACAGGGUAUGCUCCCUUCGCCGCCCUCCUCGCCGCCAAAGGAGCUGGAUCCAACCAAGUUAUACGCGUUGUAUGACUUCAGCGGACCCGACCCCUCGCAUUUGCCCUUGCUGAAAAACGAGUCUGUCCUAUUGCUCAACGAUUCCGAUUCGUACUGGUGGCUGGUCCGCAAAGUCGAUAAUAACAGAAUAGGGUUUGCUCCCGCAGAAAUCUUGGAAACCUACACCGAGCGGUUGGCUCGUCUCAACUGCUGGAAAAAUGAAAUCCUAGAGAGAGGCGGUAUCGCAGGCUUGAAAAUCGAAGAGGAGAAAAAGUUGUUCAACACAGACUACCCAUUGAACCACCCUCUCCUCGAGUCGAUUCCUCUCGUCAACAGCGCCAUGAACAAUGACAGCGUCGACUCCGUCGAUAACAAAAUUGAGAGAAAGGGCUCACUGAAGAAACCAAAACACGGAUUCAACUAUAUAAGCACAGACAGCACAAAGAAGACGGUCUCUUUCGCAGAUGUCAACGAGGUUAAGGAGUCGUCCGAUCUGGAGAACAACGAUGACGAAGAAGACGAAGAAUUCGACAAAGAAUCAAUCGAUAGAAUACAGGAACGAGGUGAACAUGCCGCCGCCUGUGGCCUCAUCGACGGCAUAGACGAAAAUGAAGAGACUUCCUAUAGUCUUUUGGAGGGUUAUCAAAAUGAAUACAGCAUAGAAGAAAGUAGUAUUCCUGUUCGCAGUGAAGGCCUUCCACACGAACCUCGCAAUGGUCAUGACCACACGCAGCGCUACAACUCCAAGGACGAUUGGGACAACGCUGAUUUAGCAGGUACACAACCGCUCAUUGUGCCAAAAAAGAGAAGAAACUUUUUGAUCAAAAACCUCGAUGACUACCAGUAUUCCUCGGACGAGAAAGAAACUGACGCCAGGACACAAGAACUAGAAGACGCAGAAGAAGGAGUAGAGCAGGUCAAAGCCAGCUCCAGAAGCCCUGAGGUCUUGACUCCUAGCAGCAGUGCUAACGGAAACUCAUUGGAAAGUACGCCCACUAAACUUGCGCUGAACAACGUCACUGCCAGUACGUGUUCGGAUUCUACGGAUAGCUUGCAAAAGGGCUUGGAAUUCAAAGAGAGAAAGACCCAGGAUCUGAGCGUCGCUAAGACAAGGUCUACAGAGAAAACGGCUGCAGCCGGUGAAACAAGGCUGGCAAGUCUGAAAAUGUUGGACGAUUUGUUAGACACUUACCCAGAGUUUGUCGGUCAUGGCAAAGACUCCUCCACGGCCUCGGCGUCUGCCUCAAAUUCGGGCUCGAGCUCGAUGACCAACGAAUCAGGCACAAAAGAUGUCAAAGCCCAGGGCUUGGCCGAGGGCUAUCGGUCCAGCAGCAUGAGCAGUGAUAUCAAGAUGAAGAGUUUGCUGGUGCCGGAGUUGGACGAGACUGAGACCGAGUCUGAGUUUUCCAAGUCCAAGGGGUCUCUACACAUGCGGUCUGAUUCCAGCAUAGAGGGCGAUGAUCUGCAUCCAAAAACCAUGCUCAUCUUCGACCCGUUGUUCAACCAAAUCAAAGAGCUUGACGCGUUGCUGGACGAGAUCAAGAGAUGAGUAUUUUUCCGCCGGCUGGUCUCCUCUCACACUCACACUCACACUCACACACGCAUUAUAAUAUUGUAUUUGUAGUUUAAAUAGACUGUUUAGAUUAAGUUAAGCAUUGCAUACGGUAACAGCAGCAGGCAAACUCCUCCAGCAUGGA